AUGCACGAGACUGGCGAAGAAGGCGAAUUUGAAAGUUACGAAAGUUUAACGACCAUAACCGAUCCACAGGAAGAUCAUAAGUUGGAAUCGACGGUCAAAGAUACGGAAAGUCUCGUACAGAUUACGCGAGAACUCGUAAAAAACGUACAACGGGAACUCGGUUUGAUCAAACUAUGUUGGCCAGAAGUUGACUCGAGAAAGGAACUUUACCUGAAGACGAUUCCCAGCAGCUAUCGUACCCUCAGCGGUAAGGAGAAGGUGCUCGCGUGGUACGCAGAAAACUUUCGACAACAAUUUCAUGCGAAAUACCCGAAUCGAAAGCCGCUUCUCCUCGUCUGCGAAAACGAAUGCGGCGUGCAAAAAUUCGUGUCUACGACUAUCAGACGAAGUACGCUGCCAUAUCCGGAACUGUACACGUGGCAGGGGUGCGGAAAAUUCGUCAGCGACUAUAUCGAGUACGUGCCGCUAGACAAAGCACUCGGCAUGGUAAGUAGUCGAACGUGUCACACUUCAUCGAACGUCUUACUUCGUAAAGCUAAGCGACGAAGGUCCUUAAAUAUAUAUAAUAUAUAUAUAUAUAUAAUUUCUCAUCGAUAUAACAAACAUCGCGUCUCGUCGUACUCGUCAAAUUUUUUGUUCUUCGUUUUAUCGUUUUUGGACCAUUUAGUUUCGCGCGAGUCGCGUGCACACGUACACGUACACACACACACACGCGCGCGCGCGCGCGCACAUACGCAUACGCUCGCGUAACCUUACUUUAUAUACCAUACGUAAAUAACUCGCUAACAGAACACGAGAGGUAGAACUGUUUAGGGAAAAAAGCGCCAGUCCACAAUAAACAUCGCGAAGCCAUUUUAAAUAUUACUCGCGCGAUAAUCGAACCACGUACACGUAACCGAAACAAUUUUCAAACGAAAUGAAGGAAUCUCGACCGUGGACAACGUAUUCUUCGCGAUCUCUCGAUACUUCCGACUUCGUUAACGCACCGGUGUCGCGUCGGUGUAUAUGUUUAUCCGUGCGAAAAACAAUCCCUAAAGACGCACGUUUAACGAUCGAUGGAUCCCGUUUCUCCUCCGUUUCGCGUCUCGAUCGUCACGGGGAAGUAUCGCGACGCGCGCGUUCGUGCAUUCUCUCUCGCACACCUUAACACUAACGAAUGAUAAAGUGAUCGAUAUAAUAAUACCUCUCCUACGGACACCUCAACUUUUAUAAUAAUUACAACAGUCCAUUCACGAAUUUGGUAUAUCCUCUUAUGUACAUGGUUGCGAUAAACGGAAAAGAUCAUUGCGAUCCUCCGAUUUCAUUCGGCCCCGACUCCCGAGCCGAAUUCGAGAAACGAAAAGGAGAAAACUAUGGGUCAAGGGACGAGGGUAAAAAAGAGGGAACAGAAUGUUUGAAAUCGCGAAACGAAAGAGUCGGAGAGAACGCGAAUUGGCAACCCAAGAUUUGGACGUAUCACCUGGAAGAAUAAUUAAUAAAAGUAUGCGAGUCUCGAGUACCGAAUGAAACGCGUACAACUCCUUGUGCGUCGUUCGGUUGGGUAACAAAAUUCAAAUUCGAUUCGUUAAAAUGACGUACAAUAACUAGACCGAGGAUCGUACGCGUCUACGAUGUGAAUUUCUACGAUAAACGAAUGCUGAACGUAACUAAAAGGUAUAUGGACUUAUGCGAAUUAUAGAAUACAUUAAACAUACGUCGCGUAUACUUUACGUAUGUUUUCUACGUUGUCGUACAUCGUGAGUGCAUAAAAUCUACAGUCUGAUGAUAACGAGAGAAUCGAAUGGUUGAUCCACGAA